AUGGCGCAAACUUACAAUCAGAAGAAGAACGUGUAUAGCAUCGAUCAGAUAUUGGGACACGGCAAGGACGAAGAUCACGCGACCUCGUCCGAUGUGAUCGGCGAUGGAGGAGAUACGGAACUCGGUCAUUUGAGCGAUCAUCAGAUAAACGAUGCUCUGCACGAUCCCUUAAAUCUAGGAGAGUCAGAUAGACCACGCAAGGUUCGAAGGUCCCGUACAACCUUCACCACCUACCAGUUACACGAGUUAGAGAAAGCUUUUGGGAACACCCAGUAUCCAGAUGUGUUCACCAGGGAGGAGCUGGCGAUGAGGUUAGACCUGUCGGAAGCUAGGGUACAGGUCUGGUUUCAAAAUCGCCGCGCAAAAUGGCGCAAGAAGGAGAAGGCUCUAGGAAGAGACACCAGUUUCAUGCACGUGGAACAAAGCGGUGUCAACGAGUUGUCCCUUCACGCCCGCUUGCUCCAAACCGCCGGCGGUGUGCCAGGUGCGGAUCCAUCGGGAGGACCAGCGGGUGCCUUUCCCUGGUUCAUCCCUCCGGUGUUCCCACCACCGUGGCCGGCCAGUGCACCGAAACUACCCCCUCUGCACGCGAUCCUGUCGCAAUACAUCGGCCUACCCCUUCCGCAGAACCUGGCGUCUCUUGGUACAGUGCUUCCGGUCGGACUGAACCCGGCUUCGUCCCUCAACCACAAUAACGUGAACGGACAUUCGCUCGGGAGUCAUCUGCCGGGACAUUCGUUGAAUCUCGGGGUGCAGAGUCUGCCGCAGAAUUUGAGUUCGAAGCACGACAAGGAGGAGGAUUCCGCCUCGUCUGACGACGAGAUCAGGAGACAAAGCGCGGAGGUCCUCAGAGUGAAGGCUGAAGAGGUUCUACGCAAGGUGGAUAAUUAA